UACAUGAGACAUAGUCUCAACCAUAUUUAUUUUAGAAUAUGAACUUGCUUUACUAUUUCAAGUGAAUUCUAGGAGAUUCAGCUGUGUUUAUAUGGCAAGGCAAUUUAGUUGGCCAAGAUGGGAUCUACUAAUUCCAACCCUUAUGAAGAACAAACUGGAUUGGUCAGUUAUGUGUUGAUUACUGCUGGAUGAUAACAUGUGAUUAAGAUGGGAAAAAGAAAAGGAAAUUACUGUGGAAGGGCUGAGUCGAUGUCCUUCCAGCAAGUGUAUUAGACGUGAAGACCAGCAAGAGUAUUAGAACUUGCACCCAAAAGUUGAGUGGAAAAGACUUAUUUUUUUGUUCCAGUGUACAAGUAGUUCAUGUUUUAGAAAUAGACUGUAGCCUAAAAUUUCAGUAGAAUGCAGGGUGCAUUUUCUCAUAGAAAUAAAGAUAUAAAUUACAGAUAGUUGCUUAGGGCAGCCUACAGAUUUCUCCUUCAUGCAGAACAUACAGGAAGUAUUCUGUAUUGGCAAUAAAUAAAAUGGAAAUAACAGAAAAAUAAAAAUAAAUACAAUUCUUAAUUAUGCUAACAUUAAAAAUGUACUUAAAUAACUAUAUAGAUAUAGAUAUAUAGAGAGAACCAUGUAGAAAAUGCUUAUGAUUUAAAGUAUAAAGCAAGAAACAGGUUGGCUGUGGUGGCUCACAUCUAUAAUCCUAGCACUUCGGGAGGCCAAGGCAGAUAGAUUGUUUGAACACAGGAGUUCGAGACCAGCCUGGGAAACAUGGCAAAACCUUGUCUCUACAAAAAAAAUACAAAAAUUGGUUCAGCGUAGUGGCGCACCCAGGAGGCUGAGGUGGGAGGAUCACCUGAGACCCGGAGGUCAAGGCUGCAGUGAGCUGUGAUUGUGUGAUUGCAUCACUGAGCUCUAGCCUGGGUGGCAGUGAAACCCUGCAGAAAAAAAGAAAAGAAAAGGAAUAGAAAAGAGAAGAGAAAAGAAAAAAAGUCCUAUACACACAAUGAAUAUAACUAUAAACACAUAAGUAGAUAUGAUGAGAAAUCAGUAUACAAGAAUCAGUCAACAUGAUGGGAUUUACAAUUAACUUUUUCUCUUUCGGAAUGCCCAUAAUGUUAAACUACUAGCAUUUCUUUAAAUUCAUCUUUUAAAAUGUUAUACACACACACACACACACACAUAUGUCAAAAUUUAAAUAUAAAUAUUGAGACCUGAUAAUAUGAACUCAGUUUCUAUCUCUUAAAUUAGCCCCUUAAGACCAUCACUCAACCAGAAACUCUGGCUGUGAGUCCUGCAGGCAACUUGGGCUUUCCCUUCCCCACCUACUCACUGCCCAUGUCACUGCCAGUCACCAGCUGCUCCUUAUUCUGCAAACCAGGUCAGUGCACUCAGCCACACCUUUCUGCAUUCAGCACAGGUGGCACCUUCCUACUGCUACCUACCUGGAUUGUCCUGGUACCUCUGGCUCAGCCUCUUCCAGUAAGAUAUUUCACGAUGCCAAUGACUUGGUUCUGCUGAUUCCCGAAUCAUCCUGCAAACCCAUCCUCCCUCUCGUCACCUUCCAUGUUUAACACCCAGCUCUGGCUGGAUCACUUGCCUGCUUACAGAGAGCAGGCCCUCUAGAACCUCUUCAACUUCCCUUUCAGGCUCAUCGUCCACUAUCCCUCACUAAUACCAGUUUCCAUCCCCAGGACUUUUUUUCUCUACCAAGAAUGCCCUCUUUCCCAACCUAAUUAUCUGAAUCCCACCUACCUUUCAAAGUCCAACUCAAACAGUGUCUCCUCCUUAAAAGGAUGUUCUGCCCUGCUAGACAUGCUUCUUCCUCCUGAAUGUGCCUCCUGAAAUUUUCUUCUGAUUAAACAUACACAGCUACCUUGAAUUGUGGUAACUGGCUGCCUCUUUAUUGCUUUCCUACUGAAUUAUAAACCCUCACCUUUGAAUAUUUUGUUUUUAAUCCUAUAGAGUUUUAUGCACUGUUGGCAACAAAAAUAUAUUUGCUUAAUAAACCAAUAAAAAAUAAGGUCUAAAAAAGCAACAAAUUUAAAAGUUCCAUGACUUAUUUUUUCAAGUUUAAUCUGUAACAAGCAGAUUUUGACUUAAUCUCACAGCUGGGUUUUUAAGAAGUCAAAUUUCAUUGGUAUGCUCCAGAUAACACCCUCACUCCUUCCUUUUCUCUUUCCCUCUCAGACUCUCUGCAGAAUGAGGGCCUCAUCUCAAAUAGUCUCUGCCCGUAUAAACACAGAACUUUUGAUAGUUUUAUUGUUGAUACUUACAGACCUGACCAAGCAAGCCCCUCAAGAUAGGGUUGUUAAAGGGCUAGAGCCAACCUGAUUCUCUACAUCUGAAACAAUAAUUACAGAGCUCUUCUGGAAUAAUCAAAUCAUAGAACUCUACCUCGUAGGAUGGAACAGAAACAUUGGCUCAGCUAAAGAGUGGGUGUUUUCCUUAGAUUGUGGAAUCAUGGCUGAUGGUUAGGACCUUAAAUAUAUUGAGGUGGCUAAUUGAUGUAUAAUAAUUUACAAAAUUAUUCUUCUAUGCUACAGAGCUACAAUUCAAUUUACAGUAGUAAAUAUGAGGGCCUUCUUAAGGAAUCAGAAAUAUGAGGAUAUGCACAAUAUUAUUCACAUUUUACAGAUCAGAAAAUUGAGGCACAGAUUAAGUAACUUCCCAAGGCUACCAGGCAUUCUAGCUCCAGAAGCUGCGCUCCUACCAUUCUGCAACAAGACAUUUCGAAAAAAAGAAAAAGUAAAAAGAAGUCAAAAGGCAACAGAGUUCAUUGAUUAUUCCGCAGAACAGUCACACCAUGCCAUUCUCACACCCUUGCAGACACACUUGACCAUGAAAGGUUCCUCAGUGAAAGGUUCCUCAUUAUCUUCAGAAGCCAUAUUAUUCACAUUGACUUUGCAGUUAACUCAGACCCUAGGUCUGGAAUGCUGUCUUCUCUACCUAUCCAAAACUAUACAUCCACAGACCAUAUAAACUCUCAGCCCUGCUGCAAAGCCUUUACAGAAAAAUAAAAAUGGUUGAAAAGGCAAUUCUGCUACCAAUGACUGUUUAAGCCCAGCCAAGGAACUGAACCAUUCCAACUUCAAUUUACUUAUGAAAAGAAUUUGAUGAUGUAGGAGGUUAUUUCAAUUAUAAAAUACAAACCCAUGUUGAUCUUUCUCAAUCUUGAACUCAUAGAUUAUUAUCUAUUAUCUCAAUUUAGUUUGUUAUUUAUCCUAGUGGGCCA